AGAGUCGAAGAAGAAGAAGGUUGUGUUGUGUUGUGUUGUGUUGUUGAGAAUGGCGUCAGCGUCUUCUUGUUCCCUGAAAUUGAAAGACUUGAGCAGAGGAGCAAUCUGUUGUUGGAAGUGGAAUCGCUGUUACUCCAAGUUCAGCCAUGGAAUCGACGAGGGUGAGGAUGCUUCGAUUCCGAGUUCGGGAAUCUGCAGGCCACUCUCUGCAAUACUGAAGGAGCUCAACAAGAAAGUCCCCGAUUCCCUAGUCAAAACCCGCCUCGAGAACGACGGCACACCCAUCAGAUACAUUCCCUGGCAUGUUGUGAACCGCAUUUUGAACUUACACGCUCCUGAGUGGUCUGGUGAGGUUCGAAACAUCUCCUAUUCUGCUGAUGCCAAGUCUGUCUCUGUUGUUUACCGCGUUACCCUUUACGGGACUGAUGCUGAGAUUUUUAGGGAAUCAACUGGUACUGCUUCAGUGAGUGACACAAGUUAUGGAGAUCCUGUACAGAAGGCUGAAGCAAUGGCAUUUCGCAGAGCUUGUGCACGCUUUGGGCUGGGGCUCCAUCUUUAUCAUGAAGACGCACCAUAAUCUAAUGUUCUGCUACUCAGGUUUGAUCUCUUGGUAAUUUGCUACUGUUUGCUAUACUGAAUUUACGGAAGGAUCGCCUUAAAUGAGAUCAUGUAGAUUAGUUAGUACUUAGUAGUAGAAGGGAAGCAUUUUGUUACUUGUCACUUGAUUGUGGCCUACUAAACUUGGACCCUCUUGUGUUAUGUUUGCCAUAUGUUUUAUCUUUUUGGAGUCCUCCAUUUAUCUGGUUA